CGAGACACGAGUUGUCCGGAAGAUUAGAACGGAAUUGUGCAGAAUAGAACUGUUGUUUUGUGUUUUUUUGAGUUGUUUGGUUUUUUGGAGUGUUUGUGGGUGGAGAUGGAGUACAUAGUGGCCAAUGUUGAUCAUCUCAAGUUUGAUAUUGAGAUCGCCCUGGAUGAGCAGUAUGGAGCCCUUCCGCUGCCGUUCACCGGCAUGGACAAAUCCACUGCCGCUGUCUGUCAAUUUUACCCCCGUGGAGCCUGCAACAAGGGUGGGUCGUGCCCAUUCAGACAUGUCAGAGGGGACAGAACUAUCGUCUGCAAGCACUGGCUUCGAGGACUUUGCAAAAAGGGAGAUCAGUGCGAAUUUCUCCAUGAAUAUGACAUGACGAAAAUGCCAGAGUGCUACUUCUACUCCAGGUUUAACGCCUGCCACAACAAGGAGUGCCCAUUUUUGCACAUAGACCCCGAGACUAAAGUCCGAGACUGUCCCUGGUAUGAUAGAGGCUUCUGCAGGCACGGUCCACUCUGUCGUCACAGACACGUCAGACGAGUCCUCUGUAUGGCCUAUCUAGCUGGAUUUUGUCCUGAUGGCUCCAGUUGCAAAUUCAUGCACCCAAGAUUCGAGCUGCCAGCAGUUCAAGAUAUGCAGCCGAAAGAGGGUAAAAAAGUGAUGAUAACGUGUCACUUUUGCGGCGAAGGUGGCCACAAAGCGAUUUACUGCAACAAAAUGCCAGCUGAGGUGCGUGAGGCACAAGUGAGACAGGAGCUGGAAGGUGGUGGACCCCAUCAACACAACUACCACAUGAGCAUGCACAAUGGUCCACCCCCUCGAGGGCCCCAGAAGCCCCUGGAGGAGGUGACGUGUUACAAAUGUGGGACGAAGGGACAUUACGCUAACAAAUGCCCAAAAGGACACUUGGCAUUCCUCAGUCAUGCUGGCAGUGGUGCCACUGGGGGCAAUCCGAACCCUGGGUACAGGAGGUGAAGUGAUUGGGUGUGAAUAGUCAUGACGAGUUGCAUCCAAGACUCUUGUGUUCUGGAAAAAAUUGGAGACUUCCGGUAUUUCUUUGAGAUGGAGCAGAAGGAUUUUUUUGGAUGUCUUUUGGAGUUUGAAGGCGAUGGAAAGAGUUUUUUUUAAAGGGAAAAUAAAUACUUGAAAUUCAGAGACCUUUUCAUUGAGGGUGAAAUAAUAACCCUGAGGACCAUUUGACCCUCAAUUGAAGAUGAAAUAAAAAUUCAGGGAAAUUUUUUUAAAUUUCAGUUGAGGGUCAAAUGGUUUUGAUGGUCAAACGAUUCCAAAGACCAUUUGAUAAUCAAAUGGAUCAAAGGAUUGCAAAAGCCAUUUUACCCUCAAAUGGGUCAAACUACGUCAAAUUACAUUUGACCCUCAAAUGGGUCAAAUUCCAAAGACAAUUUGAUAAUUAAAUGGGUCAAAGGAUUGCAAAAGCCAUUUAAUACUCCAAUGGGUCAAACUAUUUCAAAUUCCUUUGGACCCUCAAAUGGGUCAAAGGAUUGCAAAAGCAAUUUGAUACUCCAAUGGGUCAGACUAUUUCAAAUUCCAUUUGACCCUCAAAUGGGUCAAACUAUGUCAGAUUCUAUUUGACCUUUAAAUGGGUCAAACGAUUGCAAAGACCAUUUGACCUUCAAAUGGGUUAAACGAUUCCAAAAACAAUUUGAUAAUCAAAUGGGUCCAAGGACUGCAAAAGCAAUUUGACACACCAAUGGGUCAAACUAUUUCAAAUUCCAUUUGACCCUCAAAUGGGUCAAAGGAUUACAGAAGCAAUUUGACACUCCAAUGGGUCAGACUAUUUCAAAUUCCAUUUGACCCUCAAAUGGGUCAAACUAUGUCAGAUUGUAUUUGACCUUUAAAUGGGUCAAACGAUUGCAAAGACCAUUUGACCUUCAAAUGGGUUAAACGAUUCCAAAAACAAUUUGAUAAUCAAAUGGGUCCAAGGACUGCAAAAGCAAUUUGACACACCAAUGGGUCAAACUAUUUCAAAUUCCAUUUGACCCUCAAAUGGGUCAAAGGAUUGCAGAAGCAAUUUGACACUCCAAUGGGUCAGGCUAUUUCAAAUUCCAUUUGACCCUCGAAUGGGUCAAACUAUUUCAGAUUCCAUUUGACCCUUAAAUCAGACUAUUCAAAGACCAUUUGACCUUCAAAUGGGUCAAACUAUUGCAGACCAUUUGCCCUUCAAAUGGGUCAAAAGAUUCCAAAGACCACUUGAUAAUCAAAUGGGUCAAAUGUUUGCAAAAGCUAUUUAACCCUCCAAUGGGUCAAACUAUUUCAAAAUCCACUUGACCCUCGAAUGGAUCCAACGAUUGCAAAGACCAUUUUACCUUCGAAUGGCUCAACUAAAAAACAAAAUAACAGAAAAAGUUUUCUGAAUAAUCAUUUCAUUUUUGGCUGAGGGUCAAAUCGUCUUGAGGGUCAACCGACCUUCAAGCCUAUUUGACCCUCAACCCUAAACGCCCUUUAAUGUUGUUUGACCCACGAAAACGUUUGACCUUCCAAAAAAUUAUCCGAAAAAUCAAUAUUUUUCCAAUUUUACGACUAAUUCCAGUUCGUAAAGUCUCAAUCUCUUUAUAAGACAAAAAAAUGAAAUAAAACAUAUUUUGCAAAAAAAAAAUUGACAAAGUUAUGAAAAACAGAUUUAUUCCAUGAAAGUUAAAAUCAAAUUUAUUCCAUACAUUGCAAUGAACAUAUUGCAUUAUUGCGAUUGAAUAACAAUUGAGUACUCGUGCAUGAAAACCAAUUGCAUCUUCACAUUACGUUUCAUUAUGCAUUAUUCUCUGGACAAAUUUCCGAACAAUUCAGUUCUGCAUUUCAAAUUGUCGAUUAAAGUAAUAGCACAUCAUUGUAAAUAUCUUCACAAAUCAUUCAACUAGAUACAGAAAAAUGAACUCAACUAUUUGUUCAAAUUCCUUAGUCCCUCUUUUCUAUUUAUGUUAAAUAAUAAUAAAAAAAAUCUCUGAAAUUGUUCGAUUUUCAUUUUCUCGAGCAGUCGUGGUGUGACUGACACUCAUUCCACUGAGUGUGAGAUCUCAUAAUGAUUUUUUUUAUUAAUGAUAAAGUCAUGAUUGAGUGAUAAAUGCGAAAAAUCUUGUAUUUUUCUUAA